AUGAGUUCCGAACCCCCACGAGUCGCGCUGAGCGUCAUCCUCCCGGUGUACAAUGCGAUGCCGUGGCUGACGGUCGCGCUCCGGGACAUGCUCAAGCAGCAGCUUCCUGGCGGUGCGAGCCUCGAGGUCCUCGCAGCCUUUGACGGCGGUGACGACGGCUCGCUCGGCUUCCUCCUCGCCCUCGCCAACGAGCUCGGCGCGCGCGCGACCGACGAGCUCUCCACCGCUGGCGGCGCCGCGCCCGCCUCGAACCCCGCGCUGCUGCAGCCGCUGCGAGCGCCCGAGACGGAGGACCACCCGUCGUUCGACGCGGCGCAGCCGGGAGUGGACCAGCGGCCGCUGAGCGCGGCUGAGGUCGCCGCCGCGAGCCGCCCCGAGCACCGGCUGCGCGUGCUGCGCUACCGCGACGGUGCCAACCGCGGGCAAGGCGCCGCCAUGUCGCUCGCGCUGGCGCAUGCCCGCGCGCCUCUCCUCGCGCAGAUGGAGUCGGACGACGAGCGGCGGCCGGCGGACGCGUUCGCGCGGAUGCUGGCCGCGCUGCAGGCCCAGCCUACGUGGGAUGCCGUCAGCUGCCAGGCAGAGCUGGUUGGGUGGCCGAGGCCGGGCAUGGAGCAGUACGUCGCGUGGCAAGGCCCCCGAGAUGCGGAUACAGACUGCUUGUAUGCCGACUAG